AUCGAUUGCUUGUCAAUCACACCCACACAUCACGCACCUAUCCAUCCAUACCACGUCCAGUUGCAGUUGUCUCCUGGAAGUCCCCCUGCGACCAUGUCUCUACCACGUACAACUCGCACACUGGCACGCUCCUCGGCGUUCGCAUCUUCACGACUCGCCGCAUCAUCCUUCGCUCCCCGCCCAUGUCCACAAUGCUCGCGAGCCCUUUCUUCAUCGACAUCGUACCGUCAAUCGUCUAAGCGUCAGAUGCAAACUGCGACUGCCUACCAACCUUCGACACUACAGCCUCCACCACCCCCACCGCGAAACUUUGGUGUUCCGGACACAUCGAUAGCGGGCGGCGCAUCCGAGGUAAAAUCUUGGACACCGUCGCGGUUCGCUCCAGAGCAGCGGAGUCAAGCACCACAGCAAGAGCGAUCAAACGUCAGUCUUCCGGAGGGUGAAGCGCAGAAGACACAGGCAGCACCCAUUAAGUCAGCGCGGCCAAGAAGAUACAACUUUGGACCCAGGAAGGCGACUAUCAAGAUCUCGCAAUCAGCUGUCGGACAUCUACGUGACCUGCUCAAUCAGCCAGAGCCAAAGCUCAUUCGAAUUGGAACAAAGGCAAAGGGUUGCUCUGGAUUGGCAUACCACUUGGAAUAUGUGGACAAGCCCUCAAAGCUGGAUGAGCAGGUUGAGCAGGAUGGCGUUAAGGUCCUGAUCGACAACAAGGCUUUGCUGAACAUCAUCGGGAGCGAGAUGGACUGGUUAGAUGACAAGUUGAACCAGCGCUUCAUCUUCAAGAACCCAAACAUGACUGAACAAUGUGGAUGUGGCGAGUCUUUUAGUGUAUCAUGAUACCCCUCUCAUUGUUUUAUGUACAGUAUUCGUCAUUGGGCGGUAUGACACAGCAUUGCAUAUGGCGUUCAAUUGGGUAGGCUAGGCCUGUUUGUAUAGAAUGCAUUAGACAGUAUAUAUGCAUAUCACAACACUACAGUUUCCCUGGCUCGUAGUCAAGCA